GGGUUUCAUCACAAUCUGUUCAUCCAAAAGAAAAAAAACAAAGGGAAAAACCCGGAAAAAAAUGCAGAGAAUUCGAAACCCGAGUUUCCUCGUUCUCUUGUUUUGCUUUCUUGAAUUUUCCGGUAGUUUUCCGGUCGAAGCCGCCGUCAAGAAGUACCAGUUCGAUGUUCAAGUGAAUAACGUAAGCCGGUUAUGCCACGCUAAACCGAUCGUAACGGUUAACGGAAUGUUUCCCGGUCCAACGAUUUACGCAAGAGAGGGAGACCGAGUCAUCGUCAACGUCACCAACCAUGCACAAUACAACAUGUCUAUCCAUUGGCACGGAUUGAAACAAUACCGGAACGGUUGGGCCGACGGACCGGCCUACAUAACGCAAUGUCCGAUUCAGACCGGUCACAGUUACGUUUACGACUUCAAUGUGACGGGACAACGAGGGACGUUAUGGUGGCACGCUCACAUACUGUGGCUACGAGCCACUGUUUACGGAGCCAUCGUCAUUAUGCCUAAACCGGAAAAACCGUUCCCGUUCCCGCAACCACACCUAGAAACCAACAUAAUCUUCGGGGAAUGGUGGAACGGUGAUAUUGAGACUCUUGUGAACCAGGCGAAUCAAUUAGGUUCGCCUCCUCCAGCCUCGGAUGCUCAUACCAUCAACGGGAAGCCCGGACCGCUCUUCCCGUGUUCUGAGAAACAUACAUUUGCAUUGGAGGUCGAGGCGGGUAAAACGUACCUUCUGAGGAUCAUAAACGCAGCUUUGAACGACGAGCUCUUCUUCGCGGUCGCGGGCCACGACAUGACCGUUGUUGAGAUCGACGCGGUUUACACCAAACCGUUCAUAACCAAAGCCAUCCUUCUUGGUCCAGGUCAGACCACAAACGUUUUGGUUAACGCUAACCGGCCUCCAAACCGGUAUUUCAUGGCGGCGAGACCGUUCAUGGACGCUCCCGUACCGAUUGACAACAAAACUGUGACUGCUAUUCUUCAAUACAAAGGCGUUCCGAAUACUGUCUUACCGGUUUUUCCCAACCUACCCGCACCAAACGAUACGACUUUCGCCUUAGGUUAUAACAGCAAGCUCAGGAGCCUUAACUCGGCUAGUUUCCCGGCAAAUGUACCUUUGAAAGUAGACCGUCAAUUAUUCUACACCAUCGGAUUAGGGACAAACCCUUGCCCGAGCUGUGUGAAUGGGACGAAGCUCGUGGCCUCGUUGAACAAUGUAACAUUCAUUAUGCCGAAGACAGCUCUGUUGCAGGCUCAUUACUUCAACAUUUCAGGCGUUUUCAGGACUGAUUUCCCGGACCGCCCUCCAAAACCGUUCAAUUACACGGGCGCUCCUCUAACGGCUAACCUCGGGACCUCGCUAGGAACGAGGCUGAGUCGGGUCGAGUUCAAUACGACGAUUGAGCUGAUUUUGCAGGACACGAAUCUUCUAACUGUGGAGUCACACCCAUUCCAUCUCCACGGGUACAACUUCUUCGUCGUUGGGACCGGAGUAGGAAAUUUCGAUCCCAAGAAAGACCCGGCUAAGUUCAAUCUCGUCGACCCGCCCGAGAGAAAUACAGUCGGAGUCCCGACCGGGGGAUGGACCGCCAUCCGAUUCAGAGCCGACAAUCCGGGUGUCUGGUUCAUGCAUUGUCAUCUGGAAGUCCAUACGAUGUGGGGACUGAAGAUGGCUUUCGUCGUUGAGAACGGAAAGACACCGGAGGAAUCUGUUCUUCCGCCGCCAAAGGGCCUUCCUCGGUGCUAGAAUCCCGACCAAACGGAGUCCACAGAUUUCUUCUUUCUCUGUGUUUGAUCAGUUUCUGCAUAUGUUUCCUGCAACUUUCACCUGCAGAAUCUGGCAGAUGAUUGUUCUUCUUUCGCGAUUGGUAUUUCCUGUAAUGAUUUGUGUAUGAGAUUGUUUGUCGGAUCGUACAAGAUCCCAAAAAUGUAUAAUAAUCAAUACAGGGGAGGUGAAUGGAUAGGCUCAUUUUUAAGAUUUAAA